CAUAAACAUACCGCCCUGACCGUCAUCAUGCCUAACCAAGUUUAGGCCCUAAUCAACACUUCUUUCAACCCUCACAAGAGAGCCCCUGAGCUUGAAGGGGAGAAAGGGAAACGCCAUGGGGAGAGCUCCGUGCUGCGACAAGGCUACCGUGAAGAAGGGCCCGUGGUCGCCGGAGGAGGACGCCAAGCUCAAGUCCUACAUCGAGCAGAACGGCACCGGCGGAAACUGGAUAGCCCUGCCGCAGAAGAUAGGUCUGAAGAGGUGCGGCAAGAGCUGCCGCCUCCGGUGGCUGAACUAUCUCCGGCCAAACAUCAAGCACGGCGGGUUCUCGGAGGAGGAGGACAGGAUAAUCCUUACCCUCUACAUCAGCAUAGGCAGCAGGUGGUCGAUAAUAGCGGCGCAGCUGCCGGGAAGGACGGAUAAUGACAUAAAGAACUACUGGAACACGAGGCUCAAGAAGAAGCUCUUCGGCAAACAGUCCCGCAAGGAUCAGAGGCAGCAGCAGCAGUUCAUGCUCCAGGCGACCGCAAGCGAUGGGAUGAAGCGAGAAGCGAACGUGGAUGCAAACGGAAGCAGCGUCAUGGCGGCAGCUACUUAUAACUGGCACCAGCAAGCCAUGGCCGUGCCAGUGCAACCAAUGCCAGGACAGCCAGGUACGAUGAUGGAAGGCCGUCUUAUAGCAGACGAGGUAGAUGAGUCAAUCCGGAAGCUUCUGUAUAAGCUAGGAGGAAGCCCUUUACCAAACCUGCAGGUUCCACAGUGCAUUCCUCCUCCAAUGUACGGGGGAAGUCCAAGCUUUAUGCCGCCCUCAUGCCCGGUGGACACCACCUCGCUUAACGAAGGUGGGGUGCAGAGUUUAACCGCGCUCCCGGCCCUGGAGCUGGACCAGAGCUUCCAUUUCAAUCAGGUUAAGCUGGAUGGCUUAGAUUGCUUCUUUGGCAUGGGUGAUCAGAGCAUGAGGUGGAAUGAGGUGAGCCCAUUGGUUUGCCCUAAUAAUACUGUGGCUUCCAGCUCCCAAGGGAUGCAGCAGUACUGUCUUGUUGACGAACCGGCGAACCUUGGGAUGAAAUAACCACUGGUUUGUGUUUUCAUGUACAUGCAUUACUGUGGUGUAAAUUUGUACUAGCAUUCAUUGGAAUGGUGAAAGAUGAGAGUUCUUUGAAGUAAGAGCAAUAAGCCAAUAAGGUCUCCCACCACUACUAGAUGAGAGAUGCCUGCUGGUUUUCAGGCGUCUUUCUAUGAGUUUCUUCCUCUACUCGGCCUACUGCCUUACAGAAACAUUUACAAGUUUAGUUUGUACGGAUCGCAUUGUUUGUUACUUAUCUGGUGUGUA